GACAGCCAUGGAAACGACGUUAGCGUUCUCAACCCUAUAAAUGACGCUGACCUUCUGAAUUCUUUCCCCUUUGCGACGGGACUUUUGAGAGAGACGCCAGAAGAAGCCUUUAAAGCCUCGGAAGGUUUGAGAUUGUCGAAAAGUCUGCUGUGCAAAACUUGCUAAAGAAGCGCUUGCUGAAAUACGCAGUUGCUGAAGAAGCCCGGGAUAAAGAAACCUGCGAAAGACAGUUCCUGACCAGGAGAAGCACCAACAGGGUGACCAGCUGGAAGCUCAUACCAUGGCGUUUCCAGCAGAUGGAUCCCCGAUGUUGGAGGGACAUGAAGACAAUGGUAAGGAUCACGGUAAGAUGUGGUCAAAAGAAACCGACAUGGUUUCUGAAGACCACGGAGAGGGGUUGAGGUGUAGUUCACCUGCGCAGUCUGUGGACUGUGUUACCAUCUCCAGUGGUAGCAGUACUACCAGUUCUAGUGGUAGCUCUACUACUAGCUCCAGCAGUAGCUCUACUACCAGCUCCAGCGGUAGUUCUACUUCCAGCUCAAGUGAAGACGAGGUAGGUAAUGACUGUACUACCAGCUCCAAUAAAGACGAGGUAGACAAUAAAGACCAGGACGACCUUAAUUCCAGACUUCGGGUCGUCCAGGUCCUUCCAUCAAACAUUAAAUUCCUGUGGGGCAUAGGAGUGCUUGAACAGUCAUUGAAACAUCUCAAUUCAAAGUUUGAUCAGCUGGGCUCAGCUGCGGACCGUGCCACUGCUCCGUCACUGCGCUGGCACGCUGAGAUUCUUGAGAUUCUUCCCCCAGAUUUCAAAUACAUAAAAGACGUUGGGGUAGCUCAGAAGCCUCAAGAAGACACGGCUCCGUGCACUUCACUUGAAUUCACAUCUGAACUUGACAAACCGGAAGAGCCCAUUUUGCGACCAGAGAACUCCAGACCUAUCGGUACAUCGCAAUAUCAUCAGGGAGGUAUGAAAAAGAACAGAGCUUCUUUGACUUCUGGCCGCACUAGGAGCACUACACAGAAGGUGAAUUCUGCAAAGGAGGACGACCCACCAUUAAAGCUUAGUUUUGGUACAGUUCUUCCUUCCAGCUUUAAAUUCACAACUGAACUUGACAAACCAGAAGAGCCCAUUUUGCGACCAGAGAACUCCAGACCUAUCGGUACCUCGCAAUAUCAUCAGGGAGGGAUGAAAAAGAACAGAGCUUCUUUGACUUCUGGCCGCACUAGGAGCACUACACAGAAGGUGAAUUCUGCAAAGGAGGACGACCCACCAUUAAAGCUUAGUUUUGGUACAGUUCUUCCUUCCAGCUUUAAAUUCACAACUGAACUUGACAAACCAGAAGAGCCCAUUUUGCGACCAGAGAACUCCACACCUAUCGGUACCUCGCAACAUCAUCAAAUAGGUUUGGAAGAGGACAGGGCUUUGUUGACUUCCUGCCGUGCCAGGAGCACUACACAGAAGGUGGAUUCUGCGAAGGAGGACGACCCACCAUCAAAGCUUAGUUUUGGUACAGUUCUUCCUUCCAGCUUUAAAUUCACAUCUGAACUUGACAAACCUGAAGAGCCCAUUUUGCGUCCAAAGGACUCCAGUCCUAUCAGUGCCUCGCCACAACCUCUGGCAGGUUGGAGAAAUUUAGUGGCUUCUUUGACUUCCGACCGCGCCAAGAGAACUACAAAGAAGGUGGAUGAUGCGAAGGAGAACGACCCAUCAUCAAAGCCUAGUGAUCAGGUAGGUCUGAAAGAGGACGUGGCUCAUGCGACAUCUGUGACUGGCAUAAGCGGAAAGACGACAAAGGACAGUGAUGCUGAAGAGCAGCCCCCAGCCAAGAGGACUAGCGACACCUUUGCUGAAGAGGAGCUCUCCAACAAGUGGACCGGGAAUAGUGAUGAUGCUAAAGAGGAGCCCCCAGCCAAGAGGAGUAAGGACACUCUUGCUGAAAAGGAGAUCCCCUCCAAGAGGACCAGGGACAGUGUUGCUGAAGUGAAACUCCCAGCCAAGAGGACCAGGAAUAGUGAUGAUCCUAAACAGGAGCCCUCUGCCAAGAGGAUCAGGGAGAAUCAAACUGAAGAUGUGCUCCCCUCCAAGAAGACCAGGGACAGUGUUGCUGAAGUGAAACCCCCAGCCAAAAGGACCAGGAAUAGUGAUGAUUCUAAACAGGAGCCCUCAGCCAAGAGAAUCAGGGAGAAUCAAACUGAAGAUGUGCUCCCUUCCAAGAGGACCAGGGACAGUGUUGCUGAAGUGAAACUCCCAGCCAAGAGGACCAGGAAUAGUGAUGAUCCUAAACAGGAGCCCUCUGCCAAGAGAAUCAGGGAGAAUCAAACUGAAGAUGUGCUCCCUUCCAAGAGGACCAGGGACAGUGUUACUGAAGAGGAGCCCCCAGCCAAGAGGACUAGAGACACUGCUGCUGAAGAGGAGCCCCCAGCCAAGAGGACUAGAGACACUGUUGCUGAAGAGGAGCCCCCAGCAAAGAUGAUUAGAUACACGCUUGCUGAAGAGGAGUUCCCAGCCAAGACUGCACAGUGGUACAAUGAGGAUCCCAUUUGGGGCGAGGUCCUUGAAAGAAUCGGCAGAAGGAUGGCAUGGAGGUAUGGUAAAGAAUGGGAGAACGAGCCCAUUCCGUCAACUCCUCUGUUCAUUCCCUACCGAAAGACAGACCAUGAAGAUCCUAUUCUGUUAUCCCCUGUCCUCAGUCCCUCACCAGCGACAUCGUGUGAGGAUCCUGGUCUGUCAUCCCCUGUCCUCAGUCCCUCGUAUACAAUGGCACGUAAACUUCCUGUUUUGUUAUCCCCUAUCCUCAGUCCCUCGCCAAGCACAUCGUGUGGGAAUCCUGGUCUGUCAUCUCCCAUCCUCAGACCCUCUUGUAAAAUGCCACAUAAACGUCCUGUUUCGUCAUCCCCUGUCCUCAGUCCCUUACGAGGGACGAUGCAUGAGGAUCCUUUUCUCUCAUCCCCUGACGUCAGUCCCUCACCAUCGACGCAAUGUGAAGAUCCCGUUUUGUCACCCCGUGUUUUCAGUCAACCACCGAGGAUGCCAUGUGAGGAUCUCAUUCUGUCACCCCGUGUUUUCAGUCCUUCACCAUCAACAUACUGUGAAAAUUUGUCAUCCCCUGACUUCCGUUUCUGGAUGGAGACUGAAAAGGACAUAGAAGAGGAACAAACACCUUCAACAUCUGGUGGAACUAUAGCAAAAGAAAGUUCCAGACACGUGUGGUUUAGACCUCGCUACGUUUUGUCAAGUGACUCUGAUUAGAUUGGGAUCCAUAAAAAGUGAAGACCUAUUUGGGAAGUCACAUUAGGAGAUCACCAUUUCUGUGGUUUUUAAAAAAAAAAUUUAUUAAAGCCAGUGGGUUUCUAGAAGCCUGUGGAAGCCUUUGGUAGCUCCUUGCACUGGGGCUUUUCUUUAUCCCGCUGCUAGAUGUUGCAUUUUAGAUGUUGAGGAUUCUGGCAGGACUCAGGAAGCCUUGGUAGCGCCUUGCACCGGAGUUUUCUUCGUCUUUGUGUCUUCCUUCCAUCUUCCCCAUGUUUCAGGAUGAAAUAGCAGUUCUUCCCCACGCGGUGCUCUCCGAUAUAUAAAUUAUUCUAUUCUGUUCCCCCACUAAUCCACUCUCCAAGUUUUUAAUCUUUCAGGUUUUACUUGCUCAUCGCUGGAUCCUUUUGUCGUCGUCCAUGUGGUUCCUGUCCUUCUGGACCCCUUGUUUUUCACACUGCUUGUUGGAUCCCGUCAGCCUGUAAACCUCCACCUUCAGCACCACCAGUCAGAUGGAGGAAGAUAAGAGAACCCAGUUGACAAAAAAAUUGACCAACAAUUAAAGCAGAAGACCAGCUCCGCCUGGAAUCCUCCACCUUCAACAUCACCAGUCAGGUGGAGGAAGAUAAGAGAACCCACUUGACAAAAAAUUGACCAACAAUUAAAGCAGAAGAUCUGCUCCACCUGCUGAUCUACUGGUUGUAACAGAUUGUGGGAAAGCAACUCUGAGACAAGACAACAGCAUUGGACCAAUCAGGCGAGAGAAGACAGAGAGGACUGAGGACUAAAACAAAUAUACCAAGCCUGAUAAAAAAGGCAGACGAUCCAGUGGCCCCAGGUUUAUACAUCAUCUCAUGUAGGAGCUUUUACUUUGGAAAUUCCCAUGAAGAUGCCAGGCUGCCUGUAGCCACUUCCUGUGAAUCCACUAAAGGAAUAUUGAGCCUUAUUUGGGUAAAGUUAGAGCAGAAGAAGAAGGAAUGAAUGACUGUUACAUGACAAGUGAAUCUAACAUGUACUGCAGCUCAUCUUUUGAGGAAAACUCAGAUGGAGAAGUGGGAUAAAAAGCAACAGUGGAAACGGGUCAAACAACGACGGAUGAGGAGCCGAUCACUUUCAAACUCACACUCACCCCCAUGCGCCUCACCCCUCCUCCCAUCUGACAGACGCCAAACACAGAGCCUCCCUCAUCGCCAUCAAACCUCCUCACCUCCAUCACUGUCAGCGACAUAAACAUCCUGCAGUGACUGGCUGAGGUGGAUGCAGACACUGAGGAUUCCUAAAUUAAAGCCCCGACAAUUGAAAGAUUCAAAGCGUUUGUGUCUCCCAGGUACUCAGAGCAGGUCACAAUGUGAGGUGCGUUAUGUGGUCACCACACCGACCCCAACCAGAUCAGCCCGUCUUGCUGCGGGCGCACGCGCUACACCAGAGGAAGCGAUUCGAGCCAUUUGGCUCAGAUUCAGGGUGUGAAGCUGGGCGAUGCAGGCCAGCAUCACUUCAGGUUUGAGACAGACUGACCACUGGGGAGAUGGACCUCACCUGACACCAUUACUCUGGAUGUAACAGCUCGACUCUCCUGUCAGUGAAAACAUCCAUGACUCUGCAAGCGGACAGCAAGGUUUCUGGUGCCUGGCUGGAGACGAGAGUCUGAAUAUUCAAGAGCCAAAACAAAAUGUCACAAUAAAUAGUUAUUGUUUUCUAUUUGUUAUUGUUUUCAUUAUUUAUGCUCCACAACACAAAAUUCA